AUGGAUCCUCGAGUCGCAGACCGGCUCAUCGACCUGACGCCUCCUGCGUCCAAGGCCGCAUCGCCCACCGCUGAUUCUGCCUUGGCAGGCCACAAACAGGAUGGAAGAAAUGCCCUCUUGAUUCAGUUGGAAGACGAACCCGCAACCCCCAGUGGCACUGGUCAUCCAGUUGUUCCCUCUGGUCUACCGUUGGUUGCUGCUCCUGAACAAGACCCGGCAGCCGAGACACCCACUCCCAACAACGCCAACAAGAUCAAGAGCGAAGAAAACAAGGUCCAUGAACAGCCAAUGAGAGGAGCCAGACAUCUCAAUAAAGUGCAAGAGAUUCAGAAUGCACUAUGGCAAGGGCUCCAUCAGCUGCAGUAUAUCGUAUUUGAGGCAAAUGAACUUGAGGAGACCAUCGAGGGCGCACCCCAAGAUGGAUUAGAGGCUUGCCUCCUUCUUGCUAUUCGGACCGUGAGCAAGUCGCUCACUGGCGUUCGUCACAUCGUCAAGUCAAACAUUGCAAUGCUGGAGGAAGCAAGCGGUACCUCGACUUCUUCCAGAGCUGUGGAUACACCCGACAGAACGUCUGUGGAAUUUGCCACACCAGAAAUCCCGGAUAGAGUUAUGCAGUCACAAGAGACACGAGAUGACGAUACUGAGGUGGAUCUUUUGCUUGAUUAUGUCUCUUCCGAUGCGGAAGCUUCUGGGAAUACUCUUGUCGACUCUUCUGGCGACCAAACUCCUGUAGCCUGGAACAUGGCUCCGCCUGGAGCAGCCGAUCCCUUUAUCGACAAACCUCACAGAGGUAGUUUCCUGAGCCUGGACUUCCAUCCUGCCGUCACAAGUAUCGAGGGAUACCUGAGCCCAAGGCUCUGGGUUCAUGGGUUGCCCAGUCGUCGCGUCAUACUCAAGAAUCUCCCUCCCGACAUAACGUUAGCCCACAUCUCCAGAGGCAUUCGAUCUCAAGGAGGACUCAUCAGCAUCCAGGUGCUCAAUACUGCCACAAUCUUCAAUAACCAGACCAAGACUGUAAUGCUGGAGUUUGCUAACCACAAAUCGGCUGCCGACUUCACCACGGCUGCCGCUUCAUCUGCUGUCAUAUACGAGAACAAAGACGGCCACCAGUAUCGUGCAGAGGCAUGGCUCAUUCCCACAUCCUCUUACCAUAUCAGCAGAUUCAACAAGUCAUGCACCUUUGGCAAAUACACGCGUGCCAUGAUGUUCAAGGGAUUUCCCAAGGAGUGCAUCUGGUAUUUCAUCAGCACCCUUGGAUUGACAAAGGUCGUCCGCGCAGACUAUGAUCCAAUCAACGACUCAUUGACUGUCGAGUUCACGGCCAUUUACGAAGCCACCAAGGUUAAUCAACUUAUAUGGGGUGGUGCAUUUUCCGACUUCUACCACUACGAUGAGGCAAAUGGCCAGUUUCGAGUGUCCCUAGAUGACUCGACCGACGUAUAUGAGUCCAGAAACAGCCCUCGAGCACGGGAGAAUCCGGUGAAGCAUCACCCAGAUGAUGAUCUAGAGGCCAAAUGGAACUGUCAUCCCUACAACGACUAUAUUCCGCUCCAUCUUCGCACUGCUCCUACAGGUCCCACGCUACUCCCUCUCCGAACUCGCAUCGCCCUGCAGCACGACCUUGACGAGACCCAAGUCGACGGUUAUCUCGAUGAUCUCGAGAAGCACAAAGAUAUCGAGUACCGCAUUGUAGGCAGCAAUGCCACAGUGAAGCGCCGUAAACAUGGCUGGAGCAUCACAGACGAGGACGAGACUAAGCUCCUCAUGGCAAACACCCUACAGGACCCGGAGUGGGCAGACUACUGGGAUGAUCACUACAGGUGCAAAGGCGAGAUCAACCGACGCAAGUACGAGCACUACGGCAUGGUAGCCCAGCAUAGGCGAGAGGUGGCCGCGGAGCAGGGACUCGGUAUGGAGGCGGUGCCAGAUUGCCCUAAGGGAUGUGAGAUGGGAUGUCGCGACAUGAAGAAGACGCCCGCGGCCCCCGUCGUCAAGGAGUUUCUCACUGCUUCGAACAAUUUGGUUUUCAAAAGGGGGCGCAGAAACUGA